GGAGCAAAAGCUCACACUGCUUCAAAACUCAGGAGAAAAGUCUUAGAAAAGCUCAUUCUGUAACCCAGUAGACUGCAGUUGGGAAUUUUGAUGUGAAAAUUCCAAACAGGAGUGAGGGAGGGGGUCCAGGCAGCGAGCAACCACAGCCUCUUCUGCACCUGUUUGUUAUGCUCAAAGCCUAGCUGAGGGGAGACCACAGAUUUCCUGUUGCUCUCAUCAACUCACAAGAACGAAAGCAUCAGUCUGUUGAGAUCUUCUAGCUCUUCUGCCACAAAGUCCAGAGAGGACAGGAGAGAGUGUGAGCAGCUGAAGUGAGAAGACAAACUAUCCUAUCCUCAAACGUCUGUUUGUCAAGAAUCUCAAGGAGCAAGAUGAAUUCAUAUGCAGAAAAACUUUCAUCGUUGCCUGAGAUUUUCCAGGGUAUAUUGAAAAAUAUAGACGUGAAUUUAGACCCCAAGACACCUUUCAAUAUAGCAAACAAGAUAUAUGAGAGUUUUAUGGAGCUUUUCAGUGAUGGUGGAAUGAAGGAAGCAGCUUCAGAAGUAAAAAAGGAGCUAGAAGAGAUGGAAAACACUGAGCUUCACAUUGCCAUCACUGGAGAGACGGGCUCUGGGAAAUCAUCCCUCAUCAAUGCUCUCCGAAGCAAGAACGCAGAAGAUGAUGGUGCCGCCCCUGUAGGAGUGAAAGAAACUACAGUGGAUUCAAAUGUGUAUACCCAUUCUAACUAUCCCAAAGUGAAAUUCUGGGACCUGCCAGGAAUUGGAUCCCCAGAUUUUUCACCAGACAGUUACCUUCAGAAGGUGGAUUUCCAACGCUAUGACUUCUUUAUCAUUGUUGGCUCAGAGAGAUUCCGAUCCAACCACAUUGACCUAGCUCAGGCGAUCCAGAAGAUGGAGAAGAAGUGUUAUUUUGUGCGCACUAAAGUAGAUUCAGAUCUAUCCAACAUGGAAAGGUCUUACCCAAAUACCUUCAAUGCAGAGGAGGUCCUUGAAAUGAUGAGGAAUGACUUCAAGAAGCAGCUUGAGAAGUGCUUCAGGAACACCAUCCCUCAAGUCUUUUUGAUCUCCUCUUGGGACCUUGACAUGUAUGACUUCCCCCGACUGGUGGAGACUUUGGAGAAAGAUCUGCCCAGCCUGAAGAGACUUGCAUUCCUGCUCAGCCUUCCCAUGUUUUCCCCUGAAUUCACAGAAAAGAAGAAAUCUGCGCUGAAGAGCCACCUGCGGAAAAUAUCCCUGGCAUCUGCUGGCAUCAAUGCUAUUCCCAUUCCAGGCCUUCCUCUGGCUUGUGAUGUUGCCCUCUUGUGUGGGUCCAUGGUUGCCUUCUACAAGAUGUUUGAGCUGGAUGAUGGCUCCUUAGCUAGGCGGGCCAGAUUGGCCAGGAAGCCUGUUGAAGAACUGAAGGCCGUGAUGAAGUCUCCUCAGGAGAAAGAAUUUACCAACGAUCUGGUUAUAAAACUAAUAACCAAUUAUGAAAAAGAAUUAUUCCGGCCUUCCCUAGUUAGAAGCUUGGUAGCAGCAGGGGUGUCUUUUGUCAUCACUUAUUGGAUGCUGUCAAGCUUCCUGGAUAAUCUAGCUGAGGAUGCUGAUAGGGUUCGAAAGAAAGCCCUGGAACCCAGAGCCCCAGGCAGAGCACCCAGGCAGGCACAGGACUUGAUGCAACCCAAGGUGAAGUAAGUAGGAACUGCUGCUGCUGUGAUGGCAAACAUUCCCACUUUGGCUGAUUUGCAAUUACUGCCAUUCCCCUAUGGCUGAUUUGCCUUACUGCAAUACAACACAAUCAAGCUUUAAAAAAUAGGAAUAAAAAGCAACAUUUUUGUAAAGUCCUUUGGAGACAAGCAUGCCAGACAGGUACACCACUGCUCCCCAUUUCCUGUAUGGAACCCAAUACUGUUAUGAAUUGAACUGGCCAGGUUUAAUCAUCCCACCCUUAGAGAUUCAUUAAACAUGUCAUGUCCAUAGUGAAUGCUAUUUUUAACUGAUACAUUUAAAGUAUGCUCAGAUGUAAACUAGACACAUUUGUCAUAUUGAUGUAACGUCCUAUUGAAACCUCUCUGUGUAACUUCUACCCAGGUAUGCCUUUAAAAAAGAGAAUUGUUUGACUUUGAUGUAGUUUUAUUAGAUGCUGCUAAAACUGUUUCGUUAGAUGAUAGUAGGCAAUAAUCAAAAUUACUGUAGACGUUGAAGUGUAGGUAUUUUGGGCAUAUAGUUUUUUCCUUUCAUGAAGUUUUCUGUGAACUGCCCUGAGACCUCUAGGUAUAGGGCGGUAUAUAAAUUCAAUUAAUUAAUAAUAAUAAUAAUAAUAAUAAUAAUAAUAAUAAAGUUGCAGAUUUUGUGGAAUGCAAUCUUGCCUUUCUUCGAUAAUUGAGAAAGCGUAGGGAAAAAACCUCCUGCAAAGGAGAAUUUGGGAAUACAUACCCCUUCCUUGGAGCUCAUUUGGCUUAUGUAAUAUUUUGCUACCUGCCCAAUUCUAGCCUUGCUGAUUCAGAAAAUUAUGAUUUAGUUAAUGUUUAGUCAAGGUUUCUCAGCCUUAACAAUAUUUAUAUUUGUAAUGCUAACAUAUUAUACUGUUUUUAUGUUAUUAACCUCAUUUAUCUUAUUUUCUGUAGUGCUCAAUUAAGUUCUACCAAGUAAAGGAAAUGCAUUUGCUAUUUG